ACUCUUGAAGAUGGUGUGUUCUAUUGGAUUAUGUUUGAAACAAAUUUGUACCGCUGGAAAACGGUAUCGGUCGUCAGAGCAAUUUUCAUCUCACGAAUGGUAUCUUUUAAAAGUUCGAUCUGGUGUUGAAUGCUUAGAAACUGUGUGCGAUAGCCGUGCGAAUAAGUUUGAUCGACUUUAUACAAUCAAACAGAAGCAUUGUUGCAAUCCUCUGAAUGUACAUAGUACUAUUAACCGCAAAAACUUGAAGCCUGUUUCCGCUCUAUACCACGACAAGUUCAAUAAACACGUGAAAAACGUCGUUGAGGGUCGGAAAAUUUGUGUUCAGUGCGAUAAAGCUGUUAGAGCGGCGGCGAAAUCUCCUCUGCGGAAUGACCAGCUUAAAGAAAAAAUUGCUGAAAUUGAUUCUAAGGAACUAUCGUUGCCGGCUGAAACCGGAAGGAGUUCAGCUGAUGUUGAGGUCCAAGAUGAAAAUGAUUAUGCCGAAAUCAAUGAUUCAAAAUUGAGUAGUCUCAAUUCCACACUGGCAUCGCUUGGUCAAUCACCAAUAAGUGAAGCCAAGGUGAAACGUGUUAAAAAGUAUACAGCCGAUAAGCAUUCCAAAGCUGCAAAAGCUUUGAAAAGCUCAUUUGACGCUGUUCUCGGCCCAAAGAGCGGACAAUACGAAACAGCUGGAGACGAAAAGAUAAAGCAACUGAAGGAAAAGUUUCGCAGUUGUACGGAUGCAAGUGUCAAGAUUCAAAUCUUGUCGGUUCUUCCAAAAUCCUGGACCAUCGCUAAAAUACAGAAAGAAUUUGAGUGCCCCGAGCGGCUUGUGCGGAGCAUGAAAAAAUGCGUCGAAGAGAAAGGCAUUCUUUGUUUGCCAAACCCCAAAAAGGGACACCCUCUUUCUGAGGAUGUAGUACGGAAGGUAAAAGAGUUUUACCGUGAGCCUGACGUGAGUAAAGAGCUAGCAGGAAGGAAAGAAUACAAGAGUGUUCGGGAAGGAAGUACUCGUGUACUUAAGCAAAAACGAUUGGUGUUGGGUAAUCUCAACGAAAUGUUCGCUUAUUUCAAAGAUAAGUUUCCUGAAAUAAACAUUGGAUUUUCCAAAUUUGCCGAGCUGCGUCCACCUGAGUGUGUGCUAGCUGGUGCAGCAGGGACGCACACAGUUUGUGUUUGCGCGAUACAUGAGAAUUUUAUGUUUAUGUUUUUGGGUGCGAAGUUUGAUCGAACUGAGACGGCUGAUGGCGAAAAAGCAUUUACUUCGUAUAGAGACGUUCUUAAACUGAACCUUUGUAAUCCUCCUUCAGAAAUGUGCUUUUUAAAUAGAUGUACUAAUACUGCCUGUGGCGAAAUGAAUUCAGUACGAAACAUCAUCUGGUCAUAUUUUGACGAUAAUUCCAUCGAGGAAGUAAUAUUCAAGCAAUGGACGCAACAAUUUUCUGGAAUCAAGAGUUAGCGACACGGAAACAUUCGUGGACAGAUUCAUCGAGACGGAUGUCCGAAAACAUGACUUUAUUGCGUUAAAGCAAACAGAAUUUUUCCAGGAAACUAAGAAAAACUUACGUGAAGGAGAAAUACUGGUAGUGGCGGACUUUUCCGAAAAUUUCUCAUUUGUCUUUCAGGACAGUGUGCAAGCGGUCCACUACAACAACCGUCAAGCGACAAUCCACCCAUUUGCUGCCUAUCAUUCAGAACAAGGGAAAGUUGUUCCUUUAAACUGCGUAAUAAUAUCAGAUACUCUUGACCAUAGCACAGCUAAUUUUUACGCCUACCAAACAAAGUUUGUCGUAUUUUUGAAAACUCGGUUACCCAAGUUGUCCGGAAAAAUUAUUUAUUUUUCGUAUGGUGCUGGUUCGCAGUAUAAAAAUCGAUACAACAUAAUUAAUUUGCUCUACCACGAAGAAGAUUUUGGAAUUCCAGCUGAGUGGCACUACUUUGCUACGGCACACGGAAAAGGCCCGAGUGACGGCUUGGGUGGAACACUCAAAAGAUUGGCGACAAGAGCCAGUUUGCAGGGUGCGAUAAUACAGACACCAAAAGAAUUGUAUGAAUGGGCAAGAAGUAAUUGCAAUUUGAACGUCCAGUUUGUUACAUCACAUGAAUGCCAGGCCGAUAAAAAAGCCCUGGAAGACAGGUUUAGCGUUACUAAAGCCGUCCCAGGAAUCUGAGGAAUGCAUUCAGCAACACCAGCAACCGAUAAUACGGUUCUUAUGAAGAUAACUUCGAGCUCAAAAUCCGGAACUAAUUUUGAACUGGUCACACGACGACAUCCAGUAUAUAACACGAAAGUAAAACGAGUGACGAAGAAACACAACAAGUAAUAAUUGUAAGUAGAAGUAGGUGAUGUAGAAAAUAAAAAAAAAUCGUAUUAAGGAACAUUUACUAUUUGUGAAUAGGGAAAUACCGGAAUCUUGCAAAUUUAAAAAAGCUCUAUCUCUUGAACGCCGCAUUUUGUUUUUUGCUGUUAAGUGAUUCCUAUGUAAAAUCGGCUACUAAACACAUUGGCGGGGUCAAAUCCAAAAUCGAAGGGGGGGUAUUUUGAGGAAAUUGCAAAUAGGUUCUAAAAUCAAACAAAUACAAUGUUGGAAACACUGCAGAGAAAAACAUUUUCCGUAGUUUAAUUCUACAAUUUAAACCCUUUCAAAUUGAUAUGUCAACAUCCCUUGUACCUCUUCAGGGUGCUGAGAUAUCUGCAAUUUAAAAAAGGUGUUUUUCCAAAUGCACCAAAAGUUAGGGCUGUGCCAUUGAUCGAGGGGUCCACCAAUCAGUACAAAACCUCGGAUUGAUAAGUUUUGGUCCAAAACACAUCGACUCACAGAAUUUGGUCAAAAUCGGAGAUGGUCGAUGCAUUUCCUCGGACACUUGACAUGGAAUGACCCAUACAGCGAUUCGAAGCAGUUGAGCAAAAAAUUAUAAAGCUUGCUCUCAGGAAUCUCAGAUGGAACAAAGAAGAACUACCUCCCUAUCAAGAUCUGGGCUCUCCGGUGAUCCUUCAAACGAUUAACUUACGACACCAGAUUAACAAUAUCGUAUUCUUCACGAUCAUUUUACCCGAACGUACUGACAACUAACUUCUUACUGAAAGAUUGACAACAGCCAAGUCACGCUUCAACAACGUAGAACGGUGAAUAUGCGGCGAACCCUGUUAUCAGAAAAUUGUAAAAAUAAGACAAACACACAAGGUAACCAACUUAAACAGUACGUGUUAUUUCAACAGGGUUAGUAUAAAAAUGGUCGAUUAUGGUACAAAAACAGCGCGUU